AUGGUAGACGAAGCCCCCACUACGCGACAUUAUGAUUUCGUUGUAGAGGAAGCGAUUGGGGCGCCUGACGGCGUCGAAAAGCUGAUGUUGGUUGUCAACGGGCAAUUCCCCGGGCCUACAAUCGAAGCCAAUGCCGGGGACAGAAUCGUUGUGAAUGUAACGAACAAGCUGCCGAAUGCCACUGCGAUCCAUUGGCACGGACUCUAUCAGAAUGGCACCAAUUAUUACGAUGGAACACACGCAGUCACUCAGUGUGGGAUCCCACCAGGAGAAUGGAUGGUUUACAACUUCACCUUUGACGGUUACGCUGGAAGUACAUGGUGGCAUGCCCAUGCGGAUACACAAUACACGGACGGUGUCGUUGGUGCCCUCAUCGUACACAGCAGGGACGAGCAGGUGCCUUCAUAUGACGGCGAUAUUGCUCUCCAGCUCUCAGAUUAUUACCAUGGCUUGUCGGCCGACCUUCUGGAAUACUAUUUCACUCCCGGAGGAAUUGAAGGCGGUCCUGGUAACGAGCCUGUACCUGACGGCGGUACAAUCAACGGCGUGGGUCAAUAUGGAUCGCACAACUCAUCUUUCUUUAAUCUCACGUUGGAAGCAAACAAGACAUACCGCCUCCGUCUCAUUAACCCGGGAACAUUUGUCCCCAUGCAGUUCUCAUUGGAUAAUCACCUGAUGACGGUCGUUGAGGCCGAUGGCACCGCUGUCGAGCCUGUAGAAGUGUCAAGCGUCUCGGUUGCGGUCGCUCAGCGCUAUAGCGUGCUGCUGAAGACAGACCAGCCCGCCGGUGCAUAUUGGAUGCGCGCCGAACUAGACUCAACCCAAUUCACGUACGAUAAUCCUGGCUGUCAAAUGGAAAUUCGUGGCGUUAUUCGCUACGGCGUUAGCGACGAUACGAUGCCGGAUGUCGCACUUCUCAACAAUCCACCUAGCUUGCCAAGUGGCUCGCCAGCAGAAUUGGAUGAGUCUGAUCUGGUUCCAGUGGGCGGUGGUCCAGCGCCCGAGCCCACGUUCACGACGUACUUCGCCAUGUCGAUGCAGUUUGAGAAUCCCGAGGAUUCCAAUUCACGCUACCUCGCCUUCAUCAAUGAAACGUCUUGGGAACCGCUCAACAGAACUGCGAGCUUAUUUGCUCAUCUCGGCCAAUCCGCCCCGUCAGGAUCUGCCAAUUACGAGGUAUCGCAGCUCAUCACGACGAUCAACGACAUUUCCGUCGUCGAUAUGAUCAUUGACAAUGUUGACGACGGGGAUCAUCCUUUCCAUUUGCACGGAUACAAGUUCUGGGUCAUGGCAUCUGGUGGAGGUACGUAUCAAGGGCAAGCCGUCAACAACACAGCUCCACCACUGCGUGAUACGGUCGUUAUUCCCGCAGAAAGCUGGGCGAUCCUCCGUUUCGUGGCGGACAACCCUGGCUACUGGACUUUCCACUGCCAUAUACAAUGGCACAUGUCUGCGGGGCUCUUGUUCCAGUUCAACGUUUUGCCGUCAAAGAGCGCACAAUUCGAUAUUCCGCAGUAUAUGCUCGAUCAGUGUUCCCGCUGA